CAUGCCGCGCCAACGGGAGCGCCAGCGCACGCGGCGGAGAUUGCCGGCGCUACGCCGAGACUGCCGUGCUUAGCUCCACAUGCACACGCUCUGCGAGUCCUCUCACCUCUUCGCACCCCGCCGGCCAGACGCACGUCAUGCCUCCCGCACGCCGCUGCACUUCCGGCGUCUCCAGGUGCACACACCAUGCGCUGCUUCGGCUCUUUCGCCGGACCUUGGCCGGCCCAAACGCUCCGAGUGCGGGGUAGGCACAGUGGCAGACGCUUAAGAAGCAGCCGUCCUCCAUCACUCGCCCGUGCAAGCACAACGAAUUCCUCAACAUGCUCCUCUCUCUGCGGUCCCUCGCAAGCCUCGGCGCACUGCUGCUCUCGGGCAGCAGUGCCGCCGCCGCAGCUAUCGACACGACCGGACAGCUGCCGCUGCUCCCGCGGCAGAGCGACGGCGGCCAGUGGCCCUACGCGCCAUGGUCGACCGACGGUCGGGACGUCAAGAACGCGCGCGGACAGAGCGUCACGCCUGUCGGCUUCAACUGGCCCGGCUCGGGAGAGACGAUGGUGCCUGAGGGUCUGCGUUACGUCGGCGCCACGACGACGGUCAAGCGUCUGGCAGACCUGGGCUUCAACUUUGCACGCCACACCUACGCGAUUCAGAUGAUCGAUGAGAUCUACGAGAACAACGGCACCGACAUCACGCUGGAGCGUGCAUUCCUAAAUGGCCUGGGCAGCAACGGCACGCGCGUGCUGCAGGAGAUCCUGGACAAGAAUGCAGACAUGGGCUGGACGAAGGAGACGACGCGGCUGCAGGUGUGGGACUCGUUGGCUAAGCUAGAGGCAGAGCACGGCAUCGUGAUGCACCCCGACGUGCACGUCAGCAAGGCGAAGUGGUGCUGCGGCAACGACGAUGGCAACGCCUGGUUCGGCGACCUUUACUUCGACAUCGAGAACUGGAAGCGAGGCCUGGGCUACAUGGCCAACUGGGCGAAGAACCACACCAACGUCGUCUCGAUGUCGCUGCACAACGAGCUGCGUCCCGCGACGGGCCGCCCCGAGGCAGAGUACACCUGGCUCACGUGGGCUGGCAACAUGACGGCCGGCGCCGAUGCGAUCCACGAGGCCAACUCGGAUCUCCUCAUCACCUUCUCGGGCCUGCAAUACGACCAGGACCUCUCUGCCGUCGUGCAAGAGGCCAACCUGAACAUCGCUACGGCAUUCAAGAUCGACCCCGUGCGCGAUGGGCGCCGCCGCGAGCCCGUGUACUUCAAGAUCGACGAGCAUCCGUGGGCGGACAAGGCGGUGUUGGAGCUGCAUCUGUACGAUCAGAGCGCUGACGCAGACACGGGAUCGUGCGAUGCCAUCCAGGCGCAGCUGUACUACUACGGCUUCAGCGCGCUGGGCAUGGACCCGCCGAGCGGCUGCGCCAAGGAGGGCGAGCAGGACGACACCAAGUACCCCUGUCCUGCGCCAGCACGCAAGACGCCCGUCUGGCUGACUGAGUUCGGUCAAGCGCAAGACAGCACGCUCAACAACGCCACGCUGGCCAACUGUCUGCGCGAGUUCACGAUCGACCACAAGAUCGGCUGGGCCGUAUGGUCGAUUGCAGGCUCGUACUACACGCGCCAGGGCACGCAGGAUCUCGACGACACGUGGGCGCUACUCAACCACGAGUGGACGGAUUGGCGCGAUGAGGCCACUAUUGAGAGCUACUGGAAGCCGUACAUCGCGGCCAUGGGCACCACGAACAUCGAGAAGAACAGCACGAGCAGCACACAGUGAAUAGCCUACGGACGCGGCGGAAUGGUAUUGAGUCUCGCUGGG